CUUGCAGAAACAAUCAUGGAAGGCACCAUGGAGGGCCCCGAGGCUGUGCAGAGAGCCACAGAGCUCAUCGAGCAGCGGCUUGCCGAGGAGGAAGAGACUGAGAAACUUCGAAGAGCCGCUCCUGGGAAGACGUCCAUGGACAUGCUAGUGCUAGAGGACGAGAAGCGCCUCGGGGUGCAGAGUCCUGCUUUACAAAAGGUUAAGGGCCAAGAGCGCGUGCGCAAGACAUCCCUGGACCUGCGACGUGAGAUCAUUGACGUGGGCGGGAUCCAGAACCUCAUAGAACUGAGGAAAAAACGCAAGCAGAAAAAGCGAGAUGCCCUUGCCGCAGCGCAGGAACCACCUCCGGAGCCGGAGGAGAUCACUGGCCCAGUAGAUGAGGAGACAUUCCUGAAAGCUGCGGUGGAGGGGAAAAUCAAAGUCAUUGACAAGUACCUGGCAGACGGAGGUUCGGCAGACACCUGUGAUGAGUUCCGUCGGACAGCACUGCAUCGGGCCUCCCUGGAGGGACACAUGGAGAUACUGGAGAAACUUCUGGAGAAUGGGGCCACCGUGGACUUCCAGGAUCGGCUGGACUGCACAGCCAUGCACUGGGCCUGCCGUGGAGGCCACCUGGAGGUGGUGAAACUCUUGCAAAGUCGGGGGGCCAACACCGACGUGAGAGACAAGCUACUGAGCACUCCCCUGCAUGUGGCCGUCCGUACUGGACACGUGGAGAUUGUGGAACAUUUUCUCUCCCUGGGCUUGGAUAUCAAUGCCAAAGACAGAGAAGGGGACAGUGCCCUGCAUGAUGCCGUGAGACUCAACCGCUACAAAAUCAUCAAACUGCUGCUCUUGCAUGGGGCAGACAUGAUGGCUAAGAAUAUGGCGGGGAAGACCCCUACCGACCUGGUCCAGCUGUGGCAAGCAGACACCCGGCAUGCCCUGGAGCACCCUGAACCAGAAUCAGAGCAGAACGGAUUGGAGAGGCCUGGGAGUGGCCGGGAGACACCCCAGCCUGUACCAGCCCAGUAAAUAUCUACCCGGAGCUGGGCACCCGACCCGGAGCACCAGACCCCUACUAUGAGCUGCCUGAAGCCAAGCUAGCAGGAACAUCCCCAGAUUCAACAACACAAUAAAGUGCUGGCUUUGCUAUU